GAUAUUUCUAGAGAAGCAUGACUCACCAUGACAUUCGAAAGUAAUUAAAUGGACUCUUGGCUCAUUUUAUUUUCAUUAGAAAGCUGCGAAGAAAGAAGAACGAGAUACUUUAAGAUGCAUGUGCUAUUUCUACUAGCCAUCGCCAUUGGUAUUGCAUCAGCUCAGAAGGCUCAUAACACUUGCCAAAGAAAAUACAAGAAAGUCAAUUGUUACAAUGAGAAUUUUGCUUUCGUGCAUCUCUUUUCCGACCGCUCACUGUCGGCUCAUGGCAACAAAGGUCAUCUCAUUGAUUGGGAUCACUGGGAAACGUACAUUCACAGCCUGGCAUGCAGAUGCAAUGAUGAAGCUUUGAAAAAUGGUUACGAAUAUUUUACAUUGCGAUUCUAUGGUCUCUGUCUUGGUGCAACGAGGAGCGCAUCUUCCGCGUCUUCAAUACAGACAGAUUGUCUUGGUCCUGGGUACCAACCAUGCGUCAAUGAAGCGAGCACGGAGUGUGUCGGGGUUUCUGGAUCAGAUUACCUUUAUGAAACUGGAAGGGAUGGCAACUACACUAGCUGGAAAGAAUCAUCUUGCUCUAAGACGUGUGGUGUAGGGGUGAUAACAAAAGAAAGAACAUGCACUAACCCGAGCCCCUCUGGAUACGGCAACGAUUGCUCAACACUUGGACCAAAUAAAGAAACAGUCUCUUGCAAUAUAAAGCCCUGCUCAGUUGAUGGUGGUUGGUCCGCCUGGUCAGAUUUUACUUCAUGCAGCCACUCUUGUGGAGGAGGGAACAAAACAAGGACAAGAAGUUGCGAUAAUCCAGCACCGGUUGGCGGAGGCAAGGAAUGCGAAGGAGCGCCAGUUGAUACAAGAUCGUGCAACCCUGAGCUUUGCCCUGUUGAUGGUGGUUGGUCCGCCUGGUCAGACUUUACUUCAUGCAGCCACUCUUGUGGAGGAGGAAACAAAACAAGGACAAGAAGUUGCGAUAAUCCAGCACCGGUUGGCGGAGGCAAGGAAUGCGAAGGAGCGCCAGUUGAUACAAGAUCGUGCAACUCUGAGCUUUGCCCUGGUCCAGCUGGUGUUGCGAAGGCACAAGAAAUGGUUAAAAAUUUUCUAACGAAUUUUUUUAACACGACUUUCCCCACAAAAACUCCAUCAGGAAAGUUUCACAAAGCUGUUUUUGAGAUUCAAAAAGUUGUAGCCAAUGAAUUUGCAACUGGAACUACGAAUGAAAACUUGGAGCAAAGGCUGAAGGAUUUGGAAGCGUUUCUGAAGGUGGCAACAAGAGGAGGCAGCAUCGAUUUUGCUAGAGCCACUUUGGCAAAGGGUCUGUUUGUUGUCAUGCAGAAAAAGAUUGAAGAAGGCUUACCGUAUGACCAGAUCACAAUAGCAACCAGCGACUUCUUGAACUCAGUUAAAAAACAGAUUGGUGACACGAAAUUCGCAGAGCUGAUGUUGCUAAAUGAUGACGCAUCCCUUAUCUUCGCCUUUGACACAACGGGCAGCAUGAAGGAUGAGAUUCAGGCUGCCAAAGGGAUUGCAAAUGCAGUCAUACAAAUGGUCAGAAAAUUCCCUGUAGACUAUAUUCUGUCACCUUUUAACGACCCAGAGUUUGGUCCAGUCACGUACAAGAAUGACUCAAACAAAGCAGAGUUUUUAACAGCAAUUUCCUCACUGGUGGUUAGAGGUGGCAGAGACUGCCCAGAGAUGGCCUUUUCCGGAAUGCUGUCGGCCUUCGAUAAAGAUCCGAAGCUAGGCUCGCCCAUGUUUGUCUUCACUGAUGCAAGUGCUAAAGAUGAUACACCCGAAAAUAUGAAUAAGCUUAAAACAUUUGUUGAUCAAUAUGCAACUCCAAUCAGCUUUUUCACCAAUCAAUUUGGCUGCGGAGACGCUAAAGGUAUCAACAGCUACAAAGAGAUUGCGUCAUAUUCAUCAGGCCAAAUUUUCCCGCUUAACAGCCACUCAGAGAUCUCAAGUUUGACAAACUACGUGAAAACAAGUUUGCGAUCCGGCGUGAUCAUUGCCAAAGGAGCAUUUACACCUACGUAUGGUCGCAAAAGGCGUUCCACCAAUGAGCACGUCUUCCAUGUUGAGUCCCAUAUCGAUACUCUUCUGGUUUCCUUAGAUGUUUUGGUACCGAACUCAGCACGGCAUGCCAAGUUGAGAGAUCCACGUGGGGUACUGCACAGUGCUGAAUCUACAACCCUAUUCACACGUGUUUUCAACAUCGAUAAGCCGGUCCCUGGACCAUGGUCGUUAUCAAUUCCAUUGCACGCUGGCUCACAUGAGUUUACUGCAAAGCUUUUCUCUGACAAAGCUAUCGAUUUUGACGUAUACUAUCUGCACCAAGAGAAAGAUACCUGGCCUGUUGUAGCUGUCUCAAAUCCGCUUGCAGCUCCAAAGUCAUCUAUGGUGCUACAGGUAUCUGGUCUGGAUCAGGUAAAUCGUGACUCACUGCGUGUUUCCAUCGUUAACGAAGAGGGGAAGACAAUCAAAGGGAACAUCGGGUUAUCCUCGAUUGUUGGGACAAUGUCUGGGUUACUGGCAAAGUUCGACACACCAGAAGGGAAGUUCAAAGUUCUAUUUUCAGGCAUAACAAAUGAUGGAGAGAACUUCCAAAGACUGUCGCGUGUUUCCUAUGAAAAAACAGUCGCUGCUCUCUUGUUGCUUAAAGCUGGAAAAGACGGUACGACAUCAGCAAGCCAUAGAUCCUCCUCUAUCGAUGUCUACGUGUACAACCAAGGAAGUUCCCAACAGUACAGCUUUUCAGCAAAAGCUAAUAAGGGGAAUGUUACCCCUAAUGCUGGCAAUCACUUUUUGCAGCAAGGCAAAAACAGUACAGUGAGCUUCACCUACCUCCCUCCUGCGCAGGCAGCAUCAAUGAUCGGCAAACUGGUAACAGUCACCGUCAUAGCAACGGGAUCUGUCAACAAUAAGCAGGUCCAGCUUGAAGUUCCAAUGCUAGUUGUACCUUAGAUAAAUUAGCGGACACUUCUUGUAUGAUUGAUAAAGUCAAACGACUGUAUUAAUGACGAAAUUUAGUGCUCUUGUCACUCAUAAUUACGCAUCGUCGUAAAAACAAGUUGUAUUGAGUACUAAGAGAAAUAUCUUCUAAAGUAGCAUCUUAAAUAUAUUAUUUCUAGCAUUCUCGUUAUGAACUUC